AUGUUUUCCCUUAUACAAUACAAACCACCUUCAAUGUCAACACACGCUUACUUAAUUGUCAUCGUAUGAAGAUUAAAUAAGAGGAAAAUGCUAAGCGACAAGCUAUAAUCAAACUAUAAUAGUUUCCGAUUCGUGAGAAGCCAGUCAAAGCCUGACUGCGCCGGGUAAUAGUUGAAACAAAUUUUAAAAUUAAAAAAAAAAAUGUUUUUUUUACUUUUUUUGUUUAAAUAGUUGAUUUUCUGAAUUAGUGCGAAAAUUAGGUCAUUAGUUCUUGCUUGAUUUUAGUAAAGUGCUCGAAUAGUGGAGAACAAUGAUUGGAAAACAAUCGCGUUUAUUUUUUUUGAUAUCGCUAUGUGGGCUGAUGUUGGCGAUUUUACUUGCGACCUGGGGCAUACCAAAGAUUGUCAGAAGCCAAAUACAAAAGAAUGUACAGAUUGACCCGUCCUCUCAGAUGUUCGACAAGUGGCGGAAGCUACCGAUGCCGCUCACCUUCAAGGUCUACGUAUUUAAUGUCACCAACGCUGAGGAGAUCAGCUCAGGCGCCAAGCCUGAACUUGAGGAGAUCGGGCCCUACGUCUAUCAGCAAUACAGAGAAAGGUUAAACCUCAGCUACGGAGAAAACGACACGGUGGAGUACAUGCUGAAGAAGACCUUCGUCUUCGACCAGAAGGCGACCGGCUCCCUGUCCGAGGACGACGAAGUUACUGUCAUCAACUUCACCUAUGGUAAGGCUUUGCUCCAAGUCCAAGAGCUGAUGCCAGGUCUGGUGGGGAUGAUCAACGGGGCGCUUGAAGAGAUGUUCACCAACCUGACGGACCCGUUCCUUCGCGUCAAGGUCAAAGACCUCUUCUUCGAUGGGAUCCACCUUAACUGUGUGGGAGAAAACUCAGCCUUAGGUCUCGUAUGCGGAAAACUGAAAUCUGAGAAGCCACCCACAAUGCGCCCCUCUGAAGACGGAAACGGAUUUUACUUCUCCAUGUUUAGUCAUAUGAAUUUAACACAAACCGGGCCAUACCAGAUGAUACGCGGUACAAAAGACCUCCAGGAGCUCGGGCACAUAGUUUCGUACAAAGGCAAGAAACAAAUGAAUAAAUGGAAGGACCCGUACUGUAACCAGCUGAACGGUUCUGACGCGUCCGUCUUUCCGCCGGUAGAGGGCGCCCCUCCUCAACGGCUGUACACCUUUGAACCUGAAGUAUGCAGAUCACUGUAUGCCAACCUAGUCGGCCCGGACACCUUGUUCGAUAUGAAAGCGAUCUACUACGAAAUCGGCGAAGACGCCCUGGCAGCUAAAACUGCGAACCGGGAUAACAAGUGCUUCUGUCGGAAGAACUGGAGCGCUAACCAUGAUGGCUGCCUACUCAUGGGUGUGCUAAACCUAGAGCCAUGUCAGAACGCGCCGGCGCUAGCGACGUUGCCACACUUUUACCUAGCCUCCGAAGAAUUGUUGGAGUAUUUCGCCGGAGGCGUUAAUCCAGAUAAAGAGAAGCACAACACUUAUGUGUACCUAGACCCGAUAACCGGUGUCGUGUUGAAAGGCGUCAGACGGCUGCAGUUCAACAUUGAGCUCCGGCAAAUAAAGGGGAUCCCACAGCUGGAAAACGUGCGCACGGGCGUUUUCCCGCUGCUUUGGAUUGACGAGGGUGCAGAAUUGCCGCCAGAAAUCCAACAGGAGCUGAAGCAGUCCCACACGUUGCUAGGAUACGUGGAGAUGGGUCGUUGGAUCAUGCUCUCCAUAGCCAUAUUAGUGUUGCUAGCCAGCCUGUUCAAGCUAGCGAGGAGCGGCGCGCUGCCGAUGUGCGGCCAACAUACUAACUCUGUCAGUUUCGUGCUGUCGGCGAAUGGUAAUGGGAAUAAAUUGCGUUGAGGGUGUGGUAGA